AUGCAGGUCGACCAUUCCAAUGCUGGUAGUCCAUUUGAAACCGAAGACCAUUAUGACCUCCCGAUCCAACAAUUGCCACCACCCCUUUAUGGUCAACCUUCGGGAGCACAUUUUGAGCCACAACAUGAGUACCACUCUCAACCGCAGCACAAUGAGCCCGAUCCCGAACAUGAGUUUCCUCUUGAUAUCUACAGUCAGCUUGCUUCCUUGCGCCUCCAGGGCAAUCGGAAUACAGCCGCCAUUCGUCGCAUCGAGGAGCAGCAAGCCCGCGCCAACAACUAUAUGGAGGAUCUUUGGUAUCAUUUUCGGCCCGACGACGGUUACCCCCCUCGUGGGCCUCCUCCAUCUUGA